AUGAGCUACACCUCGGCCCUGUUCACCAGCGCGCGCUACCACACGUCGCGCGAGGCCCGCGACCCCAACUACCGCGUCCUGACGCCCGCCACCAUCAACAAGAGCGUCCUCGAGGCGCAGUACGCCGUCCGAGGCGCCAUCCCGCUCCGCGCCGAGGAGCUGCGCGAGAAGCUCGAGAGUAAGGGCAAGGACGCCGGCCUGCCUUUUGAAGAGAUCGUGUCGUGCAACAUCGGCAACCCGCAACAGCUCGACCAGAAGCCCCUCACGUUCCUGCGCCAGAUCUCGGCCCUCACCGAGUACCCGGACCUCAUCAGCCACCCCCUGUCCAAAGACAUCUUCCCGAGCGACGCUCUCGAGCGCGCACGGAGCCUGCUCGAGGAGAUCGGCAGCACGGGCGCCUACUCGCACUCGAUGGGCGUGCCCUCGAUCCGCAAGCGCGUUGCCAACUUCAUCGCCGACCGCGACGGCCACGCCGCCGACCCGAGCAAGAUCUACCUGACGGCGGGCGCAUCGGCCGGCGUGUCCAACCUGCUCCAGCUCCUCAUCUCGAGCCCGCUCGACGGCGUCCUCAUCCCGAUCCCCCAGUACCCGCUCUACACCGCCGCCCUCGCCCUCAACGCCGCACGACCAGUGCCCUACUUCCUCAACGAGUCGGCCGAGUGGGGCCUCGACAUCGCCGACGUCGAGAAGAACAUCGACAAGGCGCGGCACGAGGGCACCAACGUCAAGGCCAUGGUCGUCAUCAACCCGGGCAACCCGACCGGCAACUGCCUGUCGCUCGAGAACAUGGAGGACAUCGUGCGCGUCUGCUACGAGCACGGCCUCGUCCUCAUGGCCGACGAGGUGUACCAGGACAACAUCUACCACCCGAACCGGCCGUUCACGUCGUUCAAGAAGGUCCUCAAGGGGAUGGGCGCCCCCUACGCCGACAACGUCGAGCUCGUGUCGUUCCACUCGAUCUCGAAGGGCCAGACGGGCGAGUGCGGCCGUCGCGGCGGCUACUUCGAGAUCUGCAACUUCUCGCCCGAGGCCGAGGAGCAGGUCUACAAGCUCGCGUCGAUCCAGCUGUGCCCGUCGCUCGGUGGCCAGAUCGGUGUCGAUGUGCUCGUCGCCCCGCCGCAAGAGGGUGACCCGUCGUACGCCCAGUGGCGCGAGGAGAAGGACGGCAUCGCCCGCACGCUCAAGCACCGCAGCGAGGUUCUCGUCGAGGCGUUCCGCGAGCUCGAGGGCGUCAGCUGUAACGAGGCCGAGGGCGCCAUGUACCUCUUCCCGACCAUCUCGCUCCCGCCCAAGGCCAUCGCCGCCGCCAAGGCCGCCGGCCAGUCGCCCGACGCCUUCUACUCGCUGCGCCUCCUCGAGGCGACCGGCAUCUGCGUCGUGCCCGGCUCAGGCUUCGGCCAGCAGCCCGGCACGUGGCACUUCCGCACGACCUUCCUCGCGCCCGGCACCGAGGACUACGUCCGCCGGCUCAAGAAGUUCCACGAGGAGUUCAUGCAGGAGCACAAGGAGUAG